AUGGGCGGACUCUCUGAAAUCCUGGUCCAGUCCUUCCCUCAAUCCUCGACAGAAGAGGCUAAACUGUCCUUCCAGUUCAGCAAGGAGGAACACUCCCAGCGCUUCUGGGAUGCGAUGCGAUGCCAUUGGCCUGCCAUUACAUGGGGGCUGUUCAUGAACCUGGCCACCAUUCUCAAGGGCAUUGAUGGCGGCGUCGUCAAAGGCCUCGUUGGGCUGGACGCCUUCAAGGAAACCUACGGAUACCGCUAUCAAGGUAGCUACAUGAUCUCAGCCCCAUGGCUGUCAGCCUUCCAGUACGCCAACCUACUCGGGGCCAUCGUGGGUGCCCUUGGCUCGGGGUUCGCCUACGACCGCUUUGGGCCGCGGGUGAUGCUCGCUACAUGCUCGGGGCUCUCGAUCGCGUCCGUCUUCCUCCAGUUCUUCAGCCACACGCCCGCCCAGCUCUUCGUCGGCCAACUCGUCAACGGCGCCAUCAUCGCCUUCUACCCGAUUUGCGCCUCCGCCUAUGUCGGAGAAGUCACUCCCCUCGUCCUGCGCGGCUUCGCGGCCACCAUGACGAAUCUGGCCUUCUGCGUUGGCUCGCUGAUCGCCUCAGGUAUCCUCAAGAGCACCGCGUCCAUGAACAGCGUUUGGUCCUUCAAGAUCCCCAUCGCCACGCAGUGGGCCUUACCCUGCGUCAUCCUGCUACUGGUCGGCUUCUGUCCCGACCCGCCGUAUUGGCUCUGUCGCAAGGGCCGACAUGACGACGCGGCCGCCUCUCUGCGACGUCUCGCCACGCCGGGGGUCGAUGUGUCGCGCAGGCUGGCUCACAUCCAGGAGACGCUACGACUCGAGCAGAGCUUCCAAGAGGACCGGCCACAGUACGUCGAAUGUUUCCGCGGGCCCAAUCUGCGUCGACUUCUGAUCUGUGUCAUGGCGUACAGCAUGCAGGCAUUCACCGGCAACGUCUGUUUCAUCAACUACGCCGUGCAUUUCAUGGAAGUGGCGGGUCUCGUCUCGUCGGAUGCCUUCUCCAUGAACCUGGGUCUCACUGCCAUCGGGUUCGUGGGGACGUGCGUCUCCUGGCUGUUACUGUCCUACGUGGGCCGUCGCACCAUAUAUCUCUUCGGAUGCUCGACGCUGGCCGUCCUCUUGUUCAUCAUCGGAGUGGUGGACCUCGCCCCGCGACAUUCGCCGACAGCGUGGGCGCAGUGCGGCAUCAUACUGCUCUGUACAUUAGUGUACGACAUGAGUCUGGGCCCCUUCUGCUACGUGCUCUUGACAGAGGUGGCGUCGGCGCGUCUGCGCAGCUUGACGAUUGCGCUGGCCACGGUCACCUGCUUUCUCUGGUCGGUGGUGUUUUCCGUGGUGAUUCCGUAUGCCAUGAAUGAAGACCAGGGAGACUGGAAGGGGAAGGUGGGCUUUCUGUUCUCCGGGACUAGUUUUUUGUGCUUGGUGUAUUGCUACUGGUGUCUUCCUGAGACAAAAGGCCGGACCUUUGAAGAAUUAGAUAUCUUGUUUGAGCAGAAGGUGCCCAGUCGACAGUUCAAGUCGUACAAGAUCGGUUUGGAUAGAAGUAGAUAG